AUGGAUUCGGAGGGCGGCACGGCUGUGGCGCUUGCUGGCGAGGAGAAGGAGUUAGUCAAAGUUGAACCUGUUAGUUCUAGCCAAGGGAAUGUUGCUGUCUCGACGACCCUGUCCGAUGUUCCUGUUGCCGAGGCGGAGGGUCGAUCCUUACAGGCUGCCGUAGGGACCUCUGAUGUACCAGUGUUGGCCACGGCGAGUUGCUCUACCCCAACGGAGGCGGAGAGGGGGAAGGACGUGGUGGAGGACGAGUAUGAAUCUGAGUCCGAUUUGGACCCUGACGAUGUUGCAUGUUCGAGGAGGUUUGAGUUGUUGUGUUCGGAAGCCGAGAACACGUCUUUGAGGAGUGUUUCAGAUAUUGAAGUGAUGGAUGAAGUGGCCGUGAUGGGCCUGAGGACUUACUUGUUGGAGGUGGAGAACAUACGCAGAGCCAAGGUUCGCUCGAGGAUCUUCCUGCAGAUGCUGGGGAAAUAUCGCCGUUAUCGUGAACGGUGCCGAAGGCUGCACGAGCAUUUACGGAACGAUCCCUGUAAUCGGGCUUUGGGCGAGGAGUUGGUGAGGCGGGACCAGCAGUUGUUGCAGGCGCUUGGCAGUAAAAGUGCUCUUGAAGAGCAGAUCCGUCGGAAAGACGAGGAGCUUGAGGUGGGAAAGGGAAUCGCAGCUGAGUGUGCGCACCUGCAGGGUAAGUUGAGGGAGAUGGAAUUGGAGGCGGAACAGAACCGGGUCAAAGCAGCGGAGGCGGCUGCGGAAUGGAGUGGGAAACUGGCAGCGUUGGAAGGCGAGGUUGCUGCCUUGAAAUUUUUGGAAAGGGGUGCCUCGUCGAGGGCUGGGGCGUUGGAGGCGGCGAUCCGCGUGCAUGAGUCUCGGCUUGAGUCGGAGAGGGAGACAGCGACCCUUAAAGAGGCAAGGCUCGAGGAGUGGAUUGCUGUUCUUGAGCAGGAGGCCCAAGUUAUGUUGGACCGUAUUGCGGCCUUAGAGGAGGAGAACCGACGAUUGCAGAGCCAAGCUGGUUCGUCGCAUACUGCCGUUUCCCACCAGGCUCACGAACUUUGGGUUUACGCCGAAGCUCAACGCGAUGUUUACAAGAACUUAUUGGAGGCGGGUAUUGUGACCGAGACCGUCUUCGAGGUGGCACGCCAGAAGGCUCGUGAAGCUCGUGCCGACUGUGGUUAUGAUGUGGCGACGCCCGAGGCUGACAAUGGCGCGAGUGGCGGUGACGGUGACGGCGGUGGUAGCGCCGAGUGA